AUGGAAGGAAGUAGCGAAGAGCCUACUACGGCAGUUGGUCAAACUCCUGCUGUAGCCAUAGUGGCGGAGACAGCAUCAUCACCAACUGCGCCGGCAGCGGUAGCUCCGACCUCGACGACACAGGAGGGAUUAUCGACAGAAGAAGCCGGUACACGAGCAACAGAAGCUGCAUCGAAACCCGGGACAAACUUGUCCACAACACCAAUCCAGCCCCACCCGUUGCUGAGAGGUCCGUCGGCGGCCCGUAUCCAGGAAGUUGAAGCAGCAGGUGAGGCUGUGCUUCGGCACGUGGAGCAACUUGACACGCUUAUUAACGCAAGCGCUACCCUGAAAUCCGUGAAGACAUCGACACGACGCCCAUCGCGCAGCCAGAAGCAGAUUUUAGGCUACCUGGAGAAACAAGCACGCACAGCACUGACAUCGGACGUGGAUGUUGACGGUGCAAGUGUUGCAGAUGAUGCUUCUUCAGUUGCUUCUUCCGGUCCUCACGGCAACUCCAGAAAAGUAUUCCCUCACGUGGACAACAAACUGGAAACCAUCGGCAGUGGUGACCUCACUGACGUGAUGGACUCAAAGGUUGCCGAUGCUUCUAUACGCGGGAAAUCGAUGCGGAAGUCGUUGGUAGAGCGCUUGAGUUCCCUGGUGCAAGACGAACCGGAUGGGCGGCGCUCAGUUGCGCCCUCAAGCGUUCAUCAGCGAAGGAACAGCCGUGCGGAAAGUAGACGUCGUAGCAGUGCUGCAACAGGCCGUACCAGCAACUUUGAAAGCCGGCGGCGCAGUACUGUUACGGCAUCGAUCAUGGAGGACGUGUCGAAGUUUAAGCAGACGGUGUCUCGGAUGUUUGAGAAGGCCUCGCAGAUCAAGCUAGAUGAAGAGCGGUCGGCGCGGGUAGCGGAACUCGUCGACAGCGAGGUGAUGGUGUUGAAUGCUACCCAGCUUGCACAGAGCCAGAAACGCAAAGCCAACCAGCUCACGAUCUCGAUUCACUCAACGUUUCGCCACUGGUGGGAUUUCGUCAUUACCGUGUCCAUCGCGUACGUGAUUAUUCUAACGCCUAUUAAGGUGGGGUUUGAAGUGCAAUCUACGGGGAUCAGCUACGCUCUCGACGCAGUGGUGGACAUCAUUUACCUUAUCGAAAUGGUGCUAAACUUCUUCACGAGUUACGAGGACGACGCGACUGGCGAGGAAAUCAAAGACCUUGACAAGAUUCGACGAAACUACAUCCAGAGCUGGUUUCUCGUGGACGCCGUUAGCAGCUUCCCCUCAUCGCUCAUAGGCACGACGAACGGACUGCUUACACUCUCGAAGAUUUUGAAGGUGGCUCGUGUGGCGAAAGUAUCCGACUCGGGGCUUGUUCGUACCGUGUCUGGUCACAUCGAUCGCUCGAUGAAUCCGUCCAUGCUGCGGAUGCUGAAACUCACGGUGAUCUUCCUCGUUUCGCAGCAUCUCAUCGCGUGCACGUACUACUACAUCAGCUUGAACCAAAGCGUUGAGACCACCUGGGCUCCAAACCAUGAAAUACGUCACAGCAACUCCCUCGGCCAGCAGUAUGUGGACGCCUUUUACUUCGCGAUCAUGGUGACGACUGCGAACGACGUCAACCCGACCACUCCGAUCGAGAAGCUGUUCACCUCUGUGAUGCUCUUCGUGGGGAUCGUCAUUAACGCCAGCAUUAUUGGUAGCGCCGCAAACCUGUUAGCGAAUCUGGACAAGGAGGAGAUCGCCCGUAAGAACCAGAUGGACUCGAUCAACGACUACCUGCGAUUCAAGAAGGUGCCGCUCGUGCUGCAGAACAAAAUCCGGCGGUACUACGACUACGCGUUGACUACCCGCCUUCAAGACCCCACCGAGAAUUUGUUUGCUGACCUGCCCGACCGCCUUAAAUUGCUACUCAAGCUGAAUUUACACUCCGAGUUCGUGCGCAAGGUCCCUCUGUUCCGGGCGUUAUCCCACUCGGGUGUCGUGGCCAUCGUCCAGUGUCUCGUUCCGGUCGUGGCCAUGCCUGGUGAAGUCAUCAUUGUGUGCGGAGAGGUUGCAAGCGAGUUCUACUUCAUCAAGACGGGCCAAGUUUCGUUGUGUGUACCAGGACUGGUGGACAACAUUCCUCUUGGUAAUCUCGGUGAGGGAUCGUUUUUCGGCGAGACUUCGCUGCUGACCGGCCAACCGACGACGGCCGAAGUCAAGGCCGAGCGUAUGUGCGAGCUCAUGUAUCUGAGCAAAGACAAUUUUGAGGCCAUUGUGGACAGGUUCCCCACCUUCUUCUUAGCCGUUCGACGCAUCAGUGAAUCGCGCAUGCAGACAGCCCAAAACAUCCAGAAGAUGUCCAAGAUGAACCGCCGACCGACGCAGAUGUUCAAGACCAAGAAGUUGAGCUUCCGGACGGUGGCUCAGGCUGCAGUGCUUAAGGCACGCCUCGGCGAUCGACUGGAGACAUUAACGAGCAGGAGUGGCACAUCUGGGAGAGCUGGCACGUCCGAAGGCCGCAUGGGCUCCAUCGUGGGGAACGGAAGGAACUUCCUUUCGGGCGGAAGGCGGAAGCAGAUCCCGUCGUUCAAUGUCAACUUCAUCGAGCGGCUCUCGCUGGCCCAGGCGCGGCAUCUGACCCGAUUGCGCGCUAUGAAGGACAUGCAAACCACCACAGACGAAGACGUGUUUUGGGACUAG